UCUGACGUUCAAAUAUCCAGACAUAGCAGUAAAAGUCUCAAUUUCAAUCGCCCACAAUCAAAAGAGAAGGAAGAAUAUAAAAGAACAAUAAACAUUUCAAAAACUUUCCCAAACACACAACGAAGAAGAUUAUCAACCUUUUGCAUCAUACAUAACCCCACUCCACCCACUACUUUCCAUCAUCGACCCCCUUCAACCUUUGUUAGGAACAAGAAGUUAUUCUAAAGAAUCAUCUCAACACAUCCACCAUUGAUUGACUCAUAUCUUCCGACCAGACCUUUGAUCCCCGCGUUCCAGCAUUUAUAGAUAUCUUCUUUCCAUCCUGCACAUUUCCAUCCAUCUACUCAUCGCCGAGCCACUACCAGAAUCUCCCGCGACAAUCGCAAGAGGGCAAACAUUUUCCACCAUAGACUUGUCAUUUGAUCUUCGAGUUUGGCGUCGCAUUUUUAAUUUGAUUGCAGAGGCUAGGGAGGCUGCAGGUAGCCUCGACUUUGGACCCGUGUUAUCGUUUUUCUACGGUAGUAAGAUACGGCUGGACGAUUUCCUUCCCUACAUACCCAAACGACCUCUUCUUCUACUCUCGCAUACACAUACACCAUCUGUAAAGAUCAGUUCCACGCCAGAUCGCGCAGAAGUUCAUCGAAUGUAUUCUCACAUGCCUUCAACAAAUCCGAGAAAAAGAGCUGCACCGGGAGCCUCGUCGACUGUUCAGACGCCGCAAAUGCCACAGACGUACAAUGCAGGUAGCCAGCUACCUAAUGCAGACUUCCUGCGCUGGAAUCAAAACCCCGAUACUCAAAAUUUUGCGGAUCCAACAUCAAACAAUUAUCUGAAUAUUUUCGGAGCAAAUGGUCUGCCGCAGACGACCACUGGUUUUGACCAUCCCAUUAACACGCAACCUCAUUCUACACAAUUGGCUCGCAGACCAAAUAUCAAUAAUAAUCGCCAACUUGUCGCGCAACGGACGUACGAUAAUACGGGUGAUCCUUGGCCGUACGGAGAUGAUACCAUAAUGGAUUCACAGAAUGGACAUGGGCCGAAUGGAGAAAAUGAUGAUAUUGAGGCUUUGGAGGAAAAGGCCGCGGUUGCGAAGAGAGAUGCUCAGUCAAAGCGAAAGCAAAUUCCUCCAUUUGUACAGAAGCUAAGCAGGUAAAUCCCCCUCCUUUCAAUCUCAUAUCAGGAUUGUUUGCUAACCUUCUUUAAUAGUUUUCUUGAUGAAUCGAAGAAUACCGAACUCAUACGAUGGUCCGAUCGAGGCGAUUCAUUUGUGGUGUUGGAUGAAGAUGAGUUUGCGAAAACUUUGAUACCGGAACUAUUCAAGCAUAACAAUUAUGCCUCAUUCGUUCGACAACUUAACAUGUAUGGCUUCCAUAAGAGAGUGGGACUUUCCGACAAUUCCAUGAAGGCGAGCGAAAGAAAGAACAAGAGCCCUAGUGAAUAUUACAACCCUUACUUCAAGCGUGGACAUCCAAAUCUUUUGUGGCUCAUUAAUAAACCAAAGGGUGGGACAAACAAGAUUAGGAAGGGACAGCCUGGAAGAGGAAAACCCGAGGAGAUGGUAGAUGGAGAAAGUGAUGAUGAUGCAAGAGAGAUUGAGGAUUUUGGACCGAAUAAUUAUCCCCACAAUGCAACCACAAGUCGAGCGAUAUCAGUUGCGCCAGAAUCUGGUCCAUUACAACGACGAGAGAUAGCUUUGGUACUCUCCGAUAUUCAAAAGCAACAAGGUGCCAUUUCACAGGCCAUCACACGUCUGAGAAAAGAUCAUAAUCAAGUCUAUCAGCAAGCUAUCGCUUUUCAAAGUCUUCAUGAACGUCAUGAAAGUUCGAUCAAUGCUAUUCUUACAUUUCUCGCUACUGUUUAUAACAGGAGUUUGGAUGGACAAGGAGCUGAAAAUAUUACUCGAAUGUUUCAGGCUGGUUUGAAUCAACAAGGUCAACAUCAGCAACAAGGCAAUGUUGUGGAUAUUGGUGAUUUAGGGACUUCUCAGCAACAGCAACCUCCUGGGAGUGGUAGUCCGGCUCUACGAAAAGCACAAAAAUUAUUGACAGCAGGACCGACGGAUCUAGAAAAUAGUCACGUUUCCGAACCCUCACCGGCCGCUUCCAGUCCAAGAAACCAAUACUCCACACCACGUUCUGGAACCGUUGAAGAACUUUUCGAAUCUCCUAGUGAUACCACGACAACGAAAACCGAACCACAGAGGGAUAUGUUAAAUCUGAUCAAUAGCGCCAAUGCACAAACUCGAUCUGAUAAUAAUGCCAUGGAAUUCCCGGAUAUGCUGACUCAUUAUGAAAAUGCAAACGGCAAUUCCCCGCUUACUUCGGAACAACGGAGCAACAUGCUCAAUAUUAUCGCUAGCACUUCUUCCGCCCCAGGUUCCAAUAAUGCACUGGUUAGCCCGGCACCUCAAGCUCCUCAUUUAGCACAAAUGGCCUAUACGCAGAGUGAAAUCGAUGACUUGAUGAGGUUACAACAUCAACAAAGUGAUCGCAUCGCGAAUCUCUCUACAGUCCUUCAACCUCUCAGUCCAUCUGGUUCAAUUCCUGGUGUUCAAGGUGAUUCAUAUUUUAACGGUACUGAUUCUAUUGAUCCUCAUAAUUCAAAUCUAGACUUGGAUCAAUUUUUGGAUUCGGGUGCAUUUUAUGGUGCGAGUAGUCCAGUGAAUCCGAAUUUUAAUUUUGAUGAUUUUGGGAAUGGUGUGGAUGGAAAUGGAUUUGGUGGUGGAGAAAGUCAAUUUGAUGCGAGUCUGGAUGGUGUAACUGAUGGUAAUGGAAGUGGGAGUGGAAGUGGAAUGGGUAGGGUUUUGGAGACUGUGGCUAGUAGUGAGACGGCGAGUCCAGCGGAUGAAGGUCAUGGGAUAGUUGAUGGGAAGGGAAAUGGAAUAAGUAGUGGGAAUAGUACUGGGAAUGUGAAUGAUGAUCUUACGAGUAAUAAGCGGAGGCGGAAAGCUUGAGGCAUAAGAGCAGAGAAUAGUAGCGAAAAUUAUGGGAUGGGGUGGUAUGUUGAGAUUGGGUGUCAAGGGCGUUUUUUCUCUAGGAAAUGGGAGGGAUGGAUGCAUGGACGCAUGGGUGGUGGGUUGAUCAAUUGAUCAAGAUCAAGAGUGAUUGAUAGUUGUGAAUAUUUACUAGGAAUUUUAGCUGGCUAUACUAUACAUAUGUUAUUGUUUUGUUGGCCCGUGGAGUUUGUGCUUAUCUGUUCGUUCUAUCUAUCUAUCUAUCAGUCUGUCAAUGAGUUAGUCAGUCAGUUAGUUAGUCAGUCAGUCAAUCAGCCUGUCAGUUUAACUUAUUUGAAUGUAAAUGAAAUGCUAGGGUUUAUAUUGAAGGGUUGAAGGGUUGAAGGGUUGGACAGUUGGAGUGAUGUGAGAUGGAUGAGAUGGAUGUAAAUUGAGAAAGUAUGAAAACAAGUAAAUCAAAUAAAGGAUUGAGGAAGGAAAUGUAACGAUCUGGUUG